CCGUACUUGAGCGCAUGUCAGUUGCUUGUAACAUCAAUUACUACUUUUCAAACCGUUAGCUUGAAUAAUGGAGGCCGUGAUACAAAAUAAUAGUGAAGAAAUGUUCAAUAAUGAUACAAAUAAAUUCCUGUUCAAAGGUACGAGUGCCAUACUUACGAGACAAGACGUCGAGGGAGUGACGAAAAAAGCGCUUGGGAUAGACUUUAAAAUUAUCAAUUACCACGUAAAGGCUUUCUCGGAAGAAAAGGUUGGAUUUAUGGGAGAUCAUCAAUUUCUCGUGGUAACAGUGUUUAGAAAGAAUCGCAUCGAAAAAGAGAUUCACUCGUUCUUUUUGAAAAGUGUGCCUUACGGUGUUGAAGCUCAAGCCGAAGUCAUCGAAAGUUGUCAGUCUUUUUACAAAGAAGGCCAAUUUUACAAGUUCAUUGUUCCAGAAUUGAUAAAAAGCUCAACGGACAAUACGUGGCUGGUAAAUUGUUAUCUCGUCAAAGAUGACGUAUUGAUAUUUGAAAAUUUGAAAAUGUUGAAUUACGACACAAAGGACAAAACUUUGGAUCUAGAUUCGGUGAAAUCGUCUUUGAGUGCGUUGGCCAAAUUACAUUGUGUCUCUAUUCUGGCCGAAAAGCGAUUGGGCAAGACCUUCUUGGAAUUGUAUCCUCGCGCCAUGAAAGAAUGCAUCUUCACAAAUUCAUCUUCAAAUAAAUUUCAUGAAUGGUUCCGGACCGGAGUUAACUUAGCCGUUGAAAUCGCCAACAUGACUGGCUUGGAUUCCAGCUCGAUUCGUCAAAUAUGCCAGCGAGUCUUUGAGAAAAUUUCGGCUUCAAAAAAGUGGAGAAACGUCGUUUGUCACGGAGACGCUUGGUCCAACAACAUCAUGUUCAAUGACGCACGGCCCUUGGCGGAUCGCGCCAUUCUGGUGGACUUUCAAUUGGUUCGUUACACAUCUGCCAUGAGCGACGUGACGCAAUGCCUGUACUUAAACCUGCGAAGGCAAACGAGAGAAAAAGUCGAGCGCGAAAUGUUGAAGUUCUAUCACGAUGUAUUUUCCUCUGAACUGAGCCGGAAUGACCAAGACUUGGAUCAGCCCGACUUUCAAGAUAUGCUACAAGAAUUCGAAGCUAUGAGACUCGUAGGAAUUGUCACUGCGAUGCUGUAUUCUCCAAUAAGCUACGUUGAAGGCAAAUUGUGCGCUGAAAUAACCCAAGAUUCUGACGGUUUCAUGAAUUUACUGUUUCGCGACAGAAUUGAUUUGGUUCUCAACAUUAUGGAAAAAGACCCUGUAUACAAAAGUCGAAUUUUGGAAGUCAUUGAAGAAUUGGUAGAGAGGUCCGAACAACUUUUAAUUCUGUAAAGUCUUCAGGAAAAAUAUAAUUCUGUAAAAUAUUAUUACUUGUGAAUUCUAUUUUAGUUUAUUUAUAU